CAGACUGCCAUCUAUUUUUCUCAACCUUUUCCUACCUCAUAUUUGUGUCCCAUAUUUUUCCUCUGUAAAAUCUGUCCUGAACUGGUCUCUUGGUUUCCUUCCUUGUCUUAAAGCUUUCUGGGUUAAUUCCUUUUGAAGCAGAGAGUGUGGUAGCUGAAAAAAUGGCAACCUGCACAGUUUACACCACACAAUCUCUGAAUUCAACAUGCUCAAUCUCCACAUCAGCAAAAACCCACUUGGGGUUUCACCAGAGACAAGUAGUGUUCUACAGUAGUACCGGGAAGAAAACCAGCAAGAGGGGUGGGAGUGUGAUAAGCUGUGCAGCUAGAGACCCACAGACUGUUGUGAUUGGUCUGGCAGCGGACUCAGGGUGUGGGAAGAGCACCUUCAUGAGGAGGCUGACUAGUGUGUUUGGAGGUGCAGCAGAGCCACCCAAGGGAGGCAAUCCUGAUUCAAACACACUCAUCAGUGACAUGACCACAGUAAUAUGCUUGGAUGAUUACCAUUCCCUUGAUAGAACUGGGAGGAAACAGAAGGGUGUGACUGCACUUGACCCAAGAGCUAACGAUUUUGAUCUUAUGUAUGAGCAAGUGAAGGCCAUCAAGGAUGGGAUUGCUGUGGAUAAGCCUAUUUACAACCAUGUUACUGGUCUCCUAGAUCCUCCUGAGCUCAUCAAGCCACCUAAGAUCCUUGUUAUUGAAGGAUUGCACCCCAUGUUUGAUAAACGAGUGAGGGAGCUCUUGGACUUCAGCAUCUACUUGGACAUUAGCAAUGAGGUCAAAUUUGCAUGGAAAAUUCAGAGGGACAUGGCUGAGAGGGGCCAUAGUCUUGAGAGCAUCAAAGCUAGCAUUGAAGCCCGGAAACCGGAUUUCGAUGCUUAUAUUGACCCUCAGAAGCAAUAUGCAGAUGCAGUGAUUGAGGUGUUGCCCACCCAACUCAUUCCAGACGACGAUGAGGGGAAGGUUCUGAGAGUUAAGUUGAUAAUGAAAGAAGGGGUGAAGCAUUUCAGCCCUGUUUACCUGUUUGAUGAAGGCUCCACUAUCUCCUGGAUACCCUGUGGAAGGAAGCUCACUUGCUCUUACCCUGGCAUCAAAUUUGCCUAUGGCCCUGACACUUAUUUCGGUCAUGAGGUUUCUGUUUUGGAGAUGGAUGGGCAAUUUGACAGAUUAGACGAGCUCAUUUAUGUUGAAAGCCAUUUAAGCAACAUUUCCACCAAGUUUUAUGGAGAAGUCACCCAACAGAUGUUGAAACACUCUGAUUUCCCAGGUAGUAACAAUGGAACUGGACUCUUCCAAACCAUUGUUGGAUUGAAGAUCAGAGAUCUCUAUGAGCAAAUUGUUGCAACCAAAGUCGGUACUCCGCUAGAAGCAACAAAAGCCUAAGAGACAAGGCGCUAACGUUAUUAAUUAGCUCAUUCUCAUUUUCCUCCUUUCCACUCUCUCCCCUUUAUAAUUCAUUUUGAAUCCUAGCACGAAUACUCUCAAAUGUAGUUAUUUUCUAUUAUAAUUCUGUGGGGAUGUGUAAUAUAGAGAAGCAAAAGCAGAGAUCAAAUUUCAGUUGAGAAGUUCAUACAAGACAGGAACUUUUUGACAUCAUCUGUCCUCUUCCAUUCCCUCACUGGCUUUCCUUGCAUCACUCCAUUUGAUGCCCACCAUUUUCUACUUUGUUUUCUGGCAAAGGUUAUCGGUCGCCGACCCCAUGGACCACAAGAGGAAUGGCAAAAGAGCAAGGCCAUACCUUAUUAUCCAUAACGAUCCAAACAUAUGAAAUACAUAUCAAAACAUCAG